CGGAUUUAUUCCAAUCAUAUGACAGCUUGUAAACUUCCGGUCAUUUUCAUGCGAUUUCUAAUGUAAAAGAUAAAAAAAUACUAAUUAUGGCAGCACAGGGCAACAUAGAUGUAAAAUUCAAUAUUGAUGAUAUUGAAAAGGGAGCGCAGGUUGCAACGUCGUUGCUUCAACAGCGAGCCAAUGAUGUCCGCAACAACCGCGUCAACUGGCAGUCAUACCUUCAGGGUCAAAUGAUCUCGAACGAAGAUUUCGGCUUUAUCUCCAAAUUUGACAAUGCCAACACGGAACAGCGACAUCAGAUGCUGCAGGAAAUGCCAGGCAAAAUGCAGUUUGCAAAGACAUUUUUCAACUUAAUGAGUCACAUUGCCAAGGACCAGACCUUACAGUACAUUCUCACCAUGCUGGACGACGUGCUGCAGGAGGACAAAAGCCGAGUCGAGAUUCUGAAGCAGUUUUCCCGUAAAAACAAGGAGUCUGUAUGGACACCCUUCCUUCACCUGCUGGACAGGAAUGAUCGGUUCAUCGUUAACCAGACAAGCCGUAUUGUGGCAAAGAUUGCGUGCUGGGGAAAAGAGUGGAUGGAAAGUAAUGACCUGAAGUUCUACCUCAACUGGCUCAAGGACCAGCUGAUACUGCCAGGCAAUGAGUACCUGCAGACAGCUGCCAGGUGCCUGCAGAUGAUGCUGCGUGUAGAUCAAUACAGAUUCAUGUUUGUGCAGGUGGAAGGGGUAGCCACUAUCGUGUCAGUGUUGGAUUCCAGCAAGAUGGGUUUCCAGAUCCAGUAUCAGCUCAUCUUCUGUCUCUGGUGUCUCACCUUCAACCCCGUACUUCUGGAGAGGAUGAAUAAACAGCACAGCAUUAUUCCCAUCCUGGCUGACAUUCUUAGUGACACGGUCAAGGAGAAAGUCUCACGGAUUAUUCUUGCUACAUUCAGGAAUCUGACAGAAAAGCCUGAGGAAAGGGAGAUAAUCCAGGAGAACGCUCUCUCUAUGGUACAAUGUAAGGUGCUUAAACAGUUGGAACUAUUGGACUCCCGAAAAUAUGACGACCCAGAUAUCGUUGAAGACCUUGCAUUUCUGCAGGAAAAAUUGCAAGAAUCGGUGCAGGAUUUGAGUUCGUUUGAUGAGUAUGUGACUGAGAUCAAAUCAGGUCGUCUUGAGUGGAGCCCUGUUCAUAAGAGUGACAGAUUCUGGCGGGAAAAUGCCAUAAGACUCAACGAGAAAAACUACGAACUUCUCAAGAUUCUUGUGCGAUUGUUAGAAGGAAGUCGUGACCCGUUGAUCCUGUCCGUCGCUGCUCAUGACAUCGGAGAAUAUGUACGCUACUAUCCACGAGGAAAAAAUGUAAUAGAGCAGCUUGGUGCAAAACAUUUGGUAAUGCAGUAUCUAACACAUGAGGAUCCAAAUGUUCGAUAUGAGGCCCUGAUAGCAGUACAAAAACUCAUGGUUCAUAACUGGGAGUACUUGGGUAAGCAGAUUUCCCAGGCUUCGCAAGAUGACACACCGGGCGCUAUAGCAGCAAAGUCAUAGAGGAUCAAUUAAUCACACUAGACAUUCCGUUUUGCCAUAGACUAGAGACAAUUUGUAUUCCUAUGACAUGUAUAGAAAGGAAAAGUCAUGUCAUCCUUGUGUGGCAGACAAUAAUAUAUAUAUUGUGUAUUCUAGUGAACUCUGAAAUUUGGUUGUUAUGCCUUGUUUUUUAAAAGGAAAUUAUUUAAUAAAAUCCUCAAUUUUCUUUAGUGAUGUAAUAAAUUAUAGUUAAAUAAUUUUGUAUAAGGUAUAUGUGGUUAUAUUAAGAUAAACAAUUCUUUGCUACAUUGAGAUGUGGUAUUUUUGUUUACAUGAAUCUUGUUUUGUCCUGUAAUAUUUCUGGUGAAUGAGCAUUCAAAUAUUGAAUGCGAUAAAACUCUUACAGAGAGCUUUAUUUUACGGAUAGCUUUAUUAUGGAAAAAGAGGCUUGUUUGGUGUCACUGAGUGUUUGGGUAAAAAUGCCAUUGAAAAACAGUUCUUCAUGUUUAAAAUUUACAUCUGUUUAUUCAAACAAAUCUUUGGAUUGGUGAUGUGUAUACCUAGUCAAACUUUCAUUUUUGCAAGUAAUUAUUUCAUUAUGACAGUGUCUGUGUGGAUUAGAGGGUCCCAGGUACAAUCCCUUCUCAGAGCUUCGUCGAUGAUAUUACUGGUUAUCACCGAAGGAUGGUCAAUGGUUCUUAAUCACAUGUACAUAGAAGAUUUAAAUAAACAAAAUGUACAUAUGUUUGUUGCUUUAAAGCUCUACAGUGUAACAUGUUCAUCAUUUGUGGCGUAAAUCAUUCCAACCUUCAUUGAUUGCGCCAUUUAGGUGUGUACCAACAAAGAUACAAACACGGUAUUUAAGGCCGUCUUGUUAUCUUAAUUGAUAGAAAAUCAGGGCUUGUUGCCUUUUCAUAAUCUAGAGUAUUUUAUUUUCACCUGCAAAGCAUGGCAGAUUAAUAAAGAGUACAUUCUGUGUUGGCAUCUGCAUCGGUAUCACACCUUUGUUUAUGAUGAAUAAAUUUUGGAAUACUGAGUAGAUUCUUCAAACUAAAUUAAAUGUAUUUUGGGUAUCUGUUUAUUUUCUGAUUUAUUGUUAGAUAGAAAAUCAGUGCUUAUUAAGUAAUUGCCUUUUAAUAAUCUGGUGUGUAUUUUUUUCUAAAAUGAAUUGAUGUCCAAUAUACAUUUAUGGCAUACACAUACACAUAGCUUAUGCAUGCAAAAGAUUUUGAGGUUUUCAAUAUCGUGUAAUAGGACACAUUGUCAUUUUGUUAAAUGCUUCUCUGUAAAUCAUGUGUGUCGAUUAGAAAAUUGUUUCAGAAAUCCAGGUGUAUUGUUAAACAAAUGAGGAUGUUUUGUACAUUUAAUGGACCUUACGCCUGCUGUCAGAUUGAUUUAUUUCCAAGUACCAAUGUUUACCAUAUAAAAUAUGCUAGGGUAGAAAAUAUGUGAUAGUUAUAGCAUCCACUACUCAGAUAUUGAAAUUAUAUAAUUGCUCUAAGGCAGUGGAUGUAGUAACUGUUCUGUAUUGUCAAGGUCAGCAUUCAAUAUGUAUCAUGCAUAUAUCGAGAUUUCAUUGUAAUUUAACCACAUGCUACUUAUUGCUCGGUAAGAGCCCUGGCUACCAUUCUGGUUUGAGAAUAAAUGAAUGAAAGAAACAAUAACAUCUCUUUCAAUAUGGUAAAAGCAACCAACAUUGAACAGCUAAAUCAGGGAAAAACCUCUUUGUAAUUUCCUAAUACGCAAGAAAAAGAUAUAACAAAUCUUUGUAUGUAAAAGAUACAUGUAGAUUUCAGUUUUGAGCCAUGUUUCUGGAGCCAAUAAAAAUGAUUUUUGUUAAAAAUGCAAAAUGGCUAUAAUUGCAUAUUAUGUAUGGUAUUAGUAUGUGUAACUAAGAAUUGUAUGUUGAGUGCAGUACUGGUGGGUAGGACAAAAUUAUUAUGCGGUAUGAAUAUGAGUGACUGUCAAAUUGUGUCUCGAUACUUUCUAUACAUUGUACUGUUAUUGUUUACGUGUAUAUACAUUUGAACAUGAAUAAUUGUCUAUUAUAAACAAGAGAAAAACAAUAAAAAUGAGCUAAGAA